AUGGCUUAUCUGGCGCCUAAUCUCGUUCACAAUUUUGCCAGCGUUGAAUUCGCGUUCUCCAAAGCCACUUCCAUAUCUGGUGCCUUGAGAUAUUUUGGGGCGAAUCGCGACAUCUUCAGUCUGACUGUAAUGGGUGAAGAACUUUAUGUUGCAACGUCAGCAGUAGACGUCACAGCAAUCUACAAAGAGACUGAGCGGCUUGAUUUUGACCCCAUCAUUCGAGCUCUACUCACUGAAUAUGGCCUGGCUUCCGGUACAUUGGACAAAUUAUUCGAUCCAGAUCUUAAUGGUAAGAGGAGCUGGAUGUCUGGCCAACAUGAUAUCUUCAGGUCUCAGAUGCACCCUGGUUCUGACCACGGCGACUUGCUGGAGUCCCUAUUCUUGGGAGGGAUAGAUCAGUCCUUGAACUGGGACCGCCUGUCCGGGCCCAUGGUGUUGUCUGAAGAUGGGGACCAUUCCAAGUCCAUCUCACUUUGGAAAUGGUGCGGUUUUGUUUCGGUUCAGGCAGCUACGCGGGCUUUCUUCGGCGAGGGUUUCCUGCGCGUCGUUCCUGAUUUCGUGGAGAAGUAUAUACAGCUUGAGGAUGAUUAUUGGCACACCAAAUCAGGCUCUAAGUUUUCUCAGUCCGCCGCCAAGAUCGCGUUUCAGAAAGCCCAACAACAUUCCUGGGAUGCUUUCAAGACUUGGCUGUCUCUGCCUCAAAAGGAGCGACAGGAUGCAUCAUGGAUGGUUCGGAGGAUCGAGCAAGAUUUCGAGAAGCUCGGGAUCGAUGAUAAAACCCAGCUCAGCGCGCUUUUCUUCGCACACUCUGUAGUCAUCAACGGUAAUGCCUACCAGAGCUGCUUUUGGCUGCUCUGUCAUCUCUUACACGACCCUUCACUUCGUCAAUCAAUUGAGUCUGAGAUAUUGCCAGCAUUUGACCGUCAAUCCUCAAGGGUGGACAUGGUCCAUCUCCUCGACACUGAGAAAUGCCCGUUACUCAACUCGCUCUACGAGGAAGUCCUUCGGACAACCAAUGACCCAAUGGGCAUCCGCGUCGUUACGAAGGAAGUCACAAUAGGCGGGAGGGUGCUCAAACCGGGCCGCAAGCUGCUAAUGCCUUACAAACAGAUGCACUACAACGCUGAAGUCUUUGGCCCGAAUGUGGCUGAAUUCGACCCUCAUCGAUUUAUGGGGGAAAAGGGAGCACUGUCUAAGAGCAACUGGUUCCGUCCGUUUGGAGGAGCCAAUGGGCAUUGUCCAGGCCGUUUUUUAGCCAGACGAGAGGUCUACUUGUUCACGGCAUUGCUUCUCUUCAGGUUCGAAGUAAAGGCUGUUGGACUCGAGGGCAAACCGCCCAAGUUUCCGGUCAUGGACACUACGACACAGACGGGAGGUAUCUUGAGGCCAUUUCAAUCGGAAGAUGUCAAGCUGGAAGUACGACCUGCGAAGGUGUGA